UUUGGCAUUUAAAAACAAAAUUUAUCAGUACAGGAGGACAGUAACCAGGACAGUAACGACCAUAGACAUCCCGUAACAGUUCAGUGCCACAAUCUUGUUUGGAAGCCAGGGAAGAAAAUAUGGCAUCGAAACCAAAGCUAGAUAUCGUCGUGGUCAGUGACGUUGUAUGACCCUUCUGUUGGCUCGGGAAGAAAAAACUCGAGUCCGCAAUGCGUAAAUCGGAGGACAAAUAUGACUUCUGUGUUCGCUGGGAUCCGUUUUUUCUUUCGCCCGACACGCCAGCUGGUGGCAUCCCCAUGCCAGAUGACUUUUCGUCGGCCAUUGCGAGCUUAAAGGAAAAUGGUAAAGCCGUCGGCAUUGAUUUCACGUGUAAAACUGAAUUACUACCAAACACCACUUUGGUUCAUACACUGGUGGAGUACUCUAAGCAGGCCGGUGGUAGCACGCAGAACGAUCUUGUAGAAGUCUUGUUUAAGGCGCACUUCACUGAUGCUGAAGGGCAGACUUUGGACAACCUUCUAAAGUAUGCCAAGUCUGUCGGUCUGGAUGUAGAUGCUACGAAAUCUCACAUAACCAACCCUGAUAACCAGAAAGUUAUUACCAGUAAAGCUAAGGAAUGGAGUGACAAAGGCGUUACUGAAGUUCCAUAUUUCGUCAUUAACGGUGAGGCAGUCUUCCAUGGAGACAAAGACGAAGCAUCGUUUCUGAAGGAAUUUGAGCGCCUGGCGAAACGUUAACACAAGAUUGGACGACACAACGUGGGAGUUCGUGAGAUCUCGCCACACAGAUCGGUUCACUGGCUGUAAUGCAGUUGAUGACGGUCCUGGGGUAAAUAAAAUAACCCCUAGUCCUGAGAGAAAUACUGUAUGCCCAGAAGAAAAUAUCGGUGUGAGCCAGACCUCCCCGGUACUCGGGAGUGAUAAAUAGCACAUAUUCUCGUUUGUAGAAUGAUUUAAUGGCGUAAUUACCAGUACUAUGUGAUUAUGCAUUCAGACUAGACAUACAAUGAAUAUGGCGGUCAUUUUUCAGGAUUAAUAAAUAUUUUUGUUUAUAUUUUA